AGCUGAUGAUGUUUAUUUAUGGUCAAAAUAUUGCUAUCAGCGGAAUGUCAUUUGAAUUUCAUUAGAUUAGUGGUCAAAAGUCUGCAGUUGCUUUUCUUAUCUUUAUGAAUAAGUGAUUGCGCGUCUGUGAUUUAGAAUCUUACGUUUCAAUUUCCUAUUCGAAAGGAACAAGAACUCUGCAAGCACGUGCUCUUCGGGGCCCCCCGCGAAUUAUACGAUAGAUAUCACGGGCUCUGGAUAUCCGGAAUAAACCGUUAACAAAUUCUACCGGCACCUCGGGCUGUUAAUGGAUUAUCUGUUAACGCCCCGCCCACAAAACGAAGCAAACUAGUGAUAAGGCGGUGCUCUGCUUUUUAAGUUUGUUAUUAUAAAGUCAGACAUGACCGCGAACGGAAUGGAUCUCCCCAAGCUGAAUGAAACCUCCCUGGACGGGAGCAUGCCCCCGGCGCCACCCACCCUCCCGAGUCCCACGAUCCGGCGGAACAAGAGUGACGGGAAGCUGAUGGCCCAGGAUGUGAAGGAGGCCCGGGUGAAGGUCAUCUACACGGGCGGAACCAUCGGGAUGGUGCGCAACGAACGGAAUGUGCUGGCUCCCAUUCCCAAUGCUCUGGUGCGCAGCAUUCGGAAAUAUCCGAACCUCCACGACGAGCAGUAUGCGUCGCGUCGCUUUGGAGCAUCUGCAUCGAUGGCCCCGCUGGUUCUGCCCUUCGUACAGGGCUUGGAACGCAGGAUCAUCUACCAGAUCGUGGAGUACACGCCUCUUCUGGACAGCAGCAAUAUGUCGAUGAACGAAUGGGCCCGAAUCGCCAGCGAUAUUCAGCAAUCCUACGAGUUCUUUGAUGGCUUUGUGGUUCUUCAUGGCACCGACACACUUUCCUAUACGGCCUCCGCUUUGUCCUUCAUGCUGGAGAAUCUGGGCAAGACGGUCAUUAUUACGGGCUCCCAAAUUCCGAUUUUCGAGACGCGUACCGAUGGCAAGGACAAUUUUACUUCGGCUCUUAUCAUAGCCAGUAAUUAUAUCAUUCCGGAGGUGACCAUCCUGUUUGCGCACAAAUUGAUGCGCGGAAAUCGGACGGUGAAGGUCAGUUCGAAUGCCUUGGAUGCCUUCGACUCGCCAAAUGUUCCACCGCUGGCGAGGAUCGGCAUAGAUGUGAAUGUGGACUAUCGCCUGAUCUUCCGGCCGUGCAGCAUUGAAAGGUUCUGUGUGCAAUUGAAUCUGGAUGCGAAUGUCGGAUUGCUGCGCAUCUUUCCGAGCAUUUCGCAUUCGACUUUCCAAGCGUUUUUGGCUCCACCCAUACGAGGAGUGGUCCUGCAAUCCUUUGGGUCCGGAAAUAUACCAUCGAAUCGUACGGAUCUGAUCGAUGAACUGCGGGCGGCCAACGAAAGAGGCGUGAUCAUCAUUAAUUGCACGCAGUGUCCCAAUGGAAGCGUCGCCGAGAUCUACGAUACGGGCAAAGUCCUGUGCGACGUGGGUGUGAUUCCCGGAUUCGAUAUGACUCCCGAGGCGGCGCUAUCGAAACUUGCCUACGUCAUCGGCAAGGAGGAGUGGCCACUGGAGGUCAAAAAGCAGAUGAUGCAGUCAAACCUGAGGGGCGAACUCACCUCGUUGAAGGCACCCAAGAUGGAGGACUACGACCUGGUGGAUGCGGUGGCUCGAUCCAUGCACCUAUCCUCGCCCCAGGAACUAGAUCAGCUGGGUGAGACCCUAUUUCCGGCGAUGAUCAAUGCCGCCAUCGCUGAGAACGACUUAAAGAAGAUCAACAAUUUGAAGACCUAUGGAGCUGAUCUGUCGGGAACGAAUCAUGAUCAGCGAACGGCCUUGCACUUAGCCGUUCAGCUGGGGAACGUGGAGAUCGUCAAGUAUCUUCUACAGAACGGGGUGUCCGUGCAUGUCCGGGAUCGCUAUGAUCGCACUCCGCUGCUCGAGGCCGUAUCAACCGAUGGCCACGAGAUCAUUCAGUUGCUCAUCAAUUGCGGGGCCCAUUUGACGGGUUCUUCGCGAGCUGUGGGCGAAGAACUGUGUGCGGCAGCCGCUCGAGGAUCGAUGACGCGUUUGAAAUCCUAUCAAUAUGCCAACGCCGAUCUUGCCCAGUCGGAUCCUUCGGGCAGGACGGCCUUGCACGUGGCCGCACUCCAUGGUUUUCUUGAGGUAGUGGAAUAUGUUCUACCAUUUUUCGAGAAUCCCCACGAGAAGGACAUGCUCGGCCUGACCGCCUUGGAUUAUGCCGAGCGCGGCGAACAUGCCUCAGUCAUAGAGGCUCUUAAAAAUGCCGAAUAACUCAGGAUCUAACCAAAGAUAUCUCUUCCAAUAACGAUGACUCGUUCCUUAAACAUAAGUGGUUUCAUUUAAACGAAAACGAUUUUUUUUCAAAAUUUUAAAGCUAAAAUCUUAAGCCGCUUCUGUGACAACCCGUGCUUCGAUAUUUUAUGUAUAUAAGUGUCGCAUCUAGUCUGGUGGUUCCAAACUGUCUUUUUGUAUGGCUAUCUUAUUGUAUUCUAUGUUUAACAUGUAAUUAACAAUUAUUUCCUUUCCAAUGCAUUUAGGUGCACUAAUUUGUGAAUCCAUUUAAUUCAAGUAUAUUAUUUAUAUAUAAUCACUGUGUAUGUACUUGAAAACGCAACAUUGUUAAAAACUAACUUAGACAAAAGUUAAAAAUUGUACAUAAAAA